UUUGUAGAUAACGUUGUAAUGGAACUGAAUGUUGUUCCCCAAAUUCCAGGGAAAUGCUGUUCAAGUUCUCAACAUUGGAAGUUCCUAGAGCAGGAUUCCAUUCGUUAUCGCCGGUUUAUAUGCCCAAUGUUGACAUUAUGAACAUAAUCCUCAUGAGCGCCUCCAUGCGAGCCUGCUGCGUUCUGCCACCUCGUGUUUGGUACACACCUUCGCUGUUUGCCGAUGACGUCAUAGCAAUGAGGCCAUUCGAGGUCAUUAGGAGAAAAUACAUGAACAGAUGGAUGCCGGCAACUAGUCGUCUCGAACACGUUUUGGUCCCGGUGUGCGAAAAAACAUACACCUGGUACCUGAUGGUGGUGGACGUUAAGCAUGGGAGGGUCUACUACCUAGAUGUGACAAGAGCUCCAGAGCACAAGGAGCGGAGGGGAUGCAACAUGCGAACCAUUCUAUUGUUGCUCGCCCAGUUUUUCAUGCUGGAAUCUAACAUGCUGAGCUUUUCCCAUGUUAGUGCUGAUCCGACCACUUGGGGACCAAUUAAGUAUCCCGAUGGAGUCCCAAGUUACCAGGAAUGCGAUGAUUCAUGUCUGUGGAUUUUGAACUGGAUCCAAACAGAAGGCAAAUUCAAAGUUUCAAACCUUCCCUGGCAGAUGGACCCGUUGAAAUUAAGGAUGAAAACUGCAACAAAGAUUGUCCUUUUGGAUUGUAACGAGGUGAAGGCAACAGUGGCCUCCAAGGCAGAUGCAGUGUGGAGGAAGGUUAUUCGCAUGAAGGACUGAAAAACUUUCGAAAUCUGGUCGAAACACGAAUGACUACUGCAUUUUGUUAUAGAUUAACGUUUGAUUACAAGCAGGAAACUGUGAUCUAAGUAGAAAUCGUAUUAGUUGUUUGGCUAACUUCUAUUUCGUACUGUGUGGUACAUGUAUGUCUGGUUCUAUAUGUGUUUGAUGGCUACUUUUGAGUGUGGAUACUAGUGGUCCUGUCGACAGACUAGAGCACAACAUCCACACCCCCCGAGGUACACCUACUGGUAUUGAAUGGGGAUCUAUGGCCAAAACAUAUUUGUACGUAGGUUAUGGCAAUUUCAUUGCCAUUGAUGUUAUAUAUGGCUGCUGCCUGCUUUUGCUAGGAAAACUAUGUGAACCGUAUGGAGUUUAUUAAUGAAUGAAGUUAUAGCUAUUUUAGAAGUAAUAGCAGGACCUGUGUCAUUUUGCAUUUGUUACAUGGUAGUCGAACAAGAAAAGGGAUCAAAAUCUGACAGUCGAUUUUACUCCCCUUCAUUAAGAAAAGGUUUAACGAUGAUAUCUAAUUGUUGCUAUAUCCACUCUGAAGCAAUAUUA